UAUCUGCAUUUCGUACACCGCGCAAGGUUCUUGCAAGAGCAAAAGAAUACCCCUACUAUGUCUGUUUAGUAAAAAAAAAAUUUCCUAUUACUGAAGUGUGUCACUAAAUCUGCAAAAGAGGAGUAAAUUGUAAAUAAUAUUAUAAUACCGCCGUAUAUGCUGUAGCCUUUCGAAUGCUGUCCUUAUGGAUAAUUAUUCCUCUCAGUUAGAAUGGUUGCACCGCGAUCUUCUUUUACAGUAUGUUUCUUAUAUUUAUUGGCACUUUUAUUCCGUCUGUCCGUUCGGGAAUAAAUUAUAUCACCUGACUUGUAUGUAAUUGUCUUACUAUCUUUAUUGUGAUAAUUUAAUACUCUUCCUUGAUUUUGUAGUAAAGUAUCUUCUAUUUCCGGAUACUUUUUCCGAUUGAAGAAUACGUCUUCCGGUUUGCGUAUUUCGUUAUCUGUCAUAAGAUGUUUGGCGUUGGGGUACGCCUAUGUUAAUAUUUGACCUAGGUAGUCAAGACAAUUUAGUUUGUUUUCCAGUUUUCGUAAGUAACAAUAUUUUGAGUACUUAUGAAUGGAGCUGAUGUAUAUAUUAGCCGUAUUUUAUUUGACCAUCAUAAACAUAAAAUAGCUAAAGCAUGGACAACUAAAACGCAUUUAGCUUAUUUUACAUUUUCGCUUAAAUACGCAUUAUGUUGGCGACGCGGGCAAUAACAAUCAGCUUUCAAUUUAUUGCGACAAAAUGUUUGACAUGGAGAAGGGAAAAUUUGAAUUUUUAAAUUUGCAAACAAACUUUUCACAAAAUAAAUACAAAUUUAUAUACAGCAAAAGAAAAGUUCGGACAAAGGCCGAGUCACUCCUAUUCCCGAAGUGAUACCAUGAGAGGAAGAAUUAGUUCCUUCGUGCGCGGAAGAAAAAGUUCGCUUAUGAAAACAUCUUGGAGGACAUGAUAUAUCAAAGAUUUACAGAUACAACGGUUAAUGCCCCUGUAGUGAAAAUGCGAGCGCUUUUGAAGGUGUAUAUAACAGUGAAAGACAAUGAGAUGCAGACUGGAAAUUCUCCUUGUUUAGUAUCGAGCAACCACACCAUAGACAUUGGGACAGAUCCUCAAGAGGCACUGGAGUUGUUAACAGGUUCAACUGAUUUUGAACCAAUGUUCGACGAUAUGCCAAGCACUUCUAGGCAGAGCCAGUCUGCACUAAGCCGUAGCAUGUGCAGACCAAAUGAAGUGUAUCCACAAGAACCGAAAGCAGCAAAUCCUAUUCCAAAUCGUCGUUAUCGUAAAAGCGCUAGAGAACGACAUUUUGAUCAAAAAAUCUAACUAAAAAUCAUUUGGGGCUGUGCCGGGACACACCGGGCCGUUGGUUUUAACGUGAAACAUCUAUGUUAGUGAAUCGCUUUUAGAGUAAAUGAUUGAAAUGAAAACAAGA